AACUGUCGGAAGUUUAUAUGUUUGUGGAAAGGCCCGAGGUGGUUUGCUGAGAAAUCAGUCGACAUGUUAAGUUGCACAGCAAACAAAUCAGCACCUCCUCAGUCAGGCGGAAGAAGGAUCUGAGCAGCGUCUGGUGACCGUCCACCCCGGUCUGACUGGGCCAGAAGUGACCGGGAAUCGCGGGCAACAUUCAGCAGUUAGAUAAUUGUCAAGAGAAGAAAGUUGGCAGCUUCAGUCUGGAAAGAAGGUUAAUGCACAUCAGAAGCAGAGAUGAAUGCAAUUUGUCCUGCGGAAGGCAGCGUUGAGAAAAAUACUUUGGAUUCAUUAUUGCAGGAUUUUCCCAGUGGUCCAUUAGAUUUAUAUCGAAAAAAAGCCUCUUUUAAUUGGAAGAAAUUGGCUUUGUUUUGGGACGGAGAAGCGAUUAUCAAAGUAAAGCACAAUGUCUUUAGAAUUCUCGAAAAUGACCCACUUUUUGCUCGUCAACCUGGAGAAGAUAUGUCUGUUGAGAAAUAUCGUGAGUUGACUUUCCUUCGCUGUAAACGGCUGUUUGAAUAUGACUUCCUGACAUUGGCAGACAUUGUGAAAGAUCCUCUAAAAGGUCCUGCAGUUGUACAUUGUUUAGGAAUGUAUGACUGGUCACUAGUUACAGUCUACUCCCUAAAUAAACUGAUGUUUGGAGGAACUGUUUUAAAUUCUGGAUCCAGUAGGCAUCAUCAGUUUUUGGAGAAGAUAAUCAGUAUGGAGAUCUUUGGAUGUUUUGCUUUGACUGAGCUGAGCCAUGGUAGCAAUGCUAGAGCUAUGAGAACAACAGCAAAGUAUGAUCCAGAAACAAAGGAAUUCAUCAUCAAUUCUCCUGACUUCGAAGCAGCUAAAUUCUGGAUUGGAAACAUGGGGAAAACUGCCACACAUGCUGUUGUAUUUGCACAACUCGAAACUCCUAAUGGAGUCUGUCAAGGGCUUCAUUCUUUUAUUGUUCAAAUCAGAGAUCCAAAGACCUUGCUUGCAAUGCCUGGAGUAAUGGUUGGAGAUAUUGGCAAGAAGCUGGGAUUAAAUGGAAUAGACAAUGGAUUUGCAAUGUUCCACAAUGUUAGAAUACCACGAGAAAAUCUACUGAAUAGAACUGGAGAUGUCACACCUGAAGGAACUUAUAGAACUUCAUUCAAGAAGCCUAAUGAUCGAUUUGGUGCUUCACUUGGAGCAUUAUCUUCUGGUAGAGUUUCAAUCACAGGGAUGGCAAUCACAAAUCUUAAGCUGUGCUUGACAAUUGGUAUUCGGUAUUCUGCAGUACGCCGUCAGUUUGGACCAACAGAUCAUGAUGAAAUACCACUGCUCGAAUAUCAAUUGCAGCAAUGGCGACUUAUUCCUUAUGUGGCAGCCGCUUAUGCACUAGACCACUUUUUCAAGUCACUAUUCAUGAAUUUUUUUGAAUAUCAAAAGGGAAUAUUGAUGAAGGACAAGAGUGACAGACAGGCAAAGCUUGGUAAAGAAAUUCAUGCAUUGUCUAGUGCAAGUAAAUCUCUUUGUUCGUGGACAGCUCAGCAAGGCAUUCAAGAGGUCCGUGAAGCUUGUGGUGGUCACGGAUAUCUUGCUGUGAAUCGUCUCGGGGACAUUAGAAAUGACAAUGAUCCUAACUGUACACAGGAAGGUGACAAUAAUGUCCUACUACAACAAACUAGCAAUUACCUUCUCGGAUGGAUAAAAGCAAAACAUCAAGAUCAUGUAACUAUCAAGUCCCCAUUGCAAUCAGUUGAUUUUCUGGAAGAUUUGAAUUCUAUUCUUAACCAAGAAUUUACAGCAACUGAUAAUGAGUGUCUGGACUGUUCAGUUGCUUUGGCUGCAUACAGAUGGUUAGUUUGCCACUUGUUGCGUGUGAGCUGCAUGAAGCUGGAUAAUGAGAAAAAUUCGGGCAAAUCAGACUUUGAAUGCAGAAACAACAGUCAGGUGUAUUAUUGCAGAUCUGCAGCAAUUGUCUUCAUUGAGUACAACGUGUUGCGAAGAUUUCAUGAUUUUAUUCAUAGUUCUGACACACCGAUCAACUUACAACCUGUGUUAGAGCGUCUCUGUUCCCUGUAUGGUCUGUGGGCUCUUAAUAAACAUGCAGCAGUGUUGUACCAAGGGGGGUAUUUCACCGGUGACCAACCUGGAAGAAGAUUGCAAAAUGCCAUUCUAAAUCUCUGUGCACAGCUGAAGGAUGAUGCAGUGGCUCUAGUGGACGUCCUUGCUCCUCCUGACUUUAUUUUGAAUUCACCAAUUGGGAAAGCUGAUGGAGAGAUUUAUAAAAACCUGUGGGCAGCAGUUCUUCAGGGCAAGAAUUCACUUGAGAGACCAGCGUGGUGGGUUGAAUUUUGUGCCAACAAGCCUUCUGUUGGAAGCAUGAAAUCAAAACUCUAAUUAACCAUCCAUUUAGAUGCACAUUUAUAUAGCAAAUUGAUGUAAACUAUGGUAUAUGGAAAGAUAAAUCAGCUGUCAUUUCUAAUCCAUGUUAGUCAGGAUUGUUCAAUUUCAUUAGACUAAUUAAUGCUUACUCUUUCACCAAGGCUGACAUGAAUUAUUAAACUGAGUCCCAAGAAUAAAGUUAGCAGUGCAUGUUCCAAACUAGAAAAAACGUGGAAGACUUGUGGUAAAAAUUAAAAAAGUAUUCCUCCUGAUUUAGACUGAAAAGAAAAUAAAAAUGAACAUUUUAUAUAACCCAUUUCUCACUAGCCGUCCCCAGAGUGUUUUACAGCCAAUGGAGUACAUAUUCCCACUGUUACAAUAUGAAAAAUGUCAGACAAUUUUUGCAAAACAAACUCCCACAAACAGCAAUUUAGUUAAAUCCGGAUAAUUUUUUUGAGUGUGAUAUCAAAGAUAAAUGUUUUUGGGUAGAACACUGAUAUAACUCCCCUUCGCUUCAAAAUAGUGUCAUGCAAUUUUUUAUGUCCACUUGAAAGGGUAAAUAGUGCCUUCCACGACAUGGCACCUCCAAAGGUGCAACAGUCUUUCAAAGGUUAUGAAACUUUAAGCGCUGUAAUUUAAAAAUCAAAAGUGUUAUCCUAUUUAAAAAUUUCUAAGCCUUCAUUUGGCUCACUUGGUAAAAGCCUGACCUAAGUUAGAUUGCAGAUUCCAGCCCCACCUCAGAAUUUCCACAUAUUGCUUAGGCUGAUAUUUCAAUAUUUUCCUAAACAGUAGCUAUGUUAUUAGACAUUUCAUCAUUCAGUUGAGAUGUGAAGUCCAUGACCUAUGCACAUGUUAAUUCAGGUUUAAAGAAUCCUAUGGCAAUACUUGAAGAAAAUUGAGAUAACAGAUAGUUGCCUGCGCAACAAUAACUAAACACCAAAACUAAACAAUUUCGUAGCUAUGGAGCAUGGUAGGACAUUGUGUCAAAUUUUAAGUUACUUGUUCUGCUCUUUUAAAUUAUCGUAACCAAUACUAUCAUGAAAAAUUAAAAGAAUGAACUUUACCAGCAUUCACCUUAUUGUGAAGAAUUUGGAUUUUUUUUCCAGUUGAUUCUUUUAUUAAUACAAUAGGCUUUGCUCUGGAAUAGUAGAUAUGAAAAGUAAUGUGAUUGCCAACCUCAAAACCAUUCCAUUUUAUGUCAGAUACGUAUCAUUUAAAUACAACCUGAUUGUGAAUACAUCGUUCAGUAUACUAACAAAACAUCAAGGAGUAAUUAAUAAAAUGCAAGAGUAAUAUUAUGCCCUGUUAUAAUUGCGUCAUUUGUUCCAGUUAAAUACAAUGUUUGUUUAUUUUACAUUUUCAUUCGACUAUCCGUACAUUUUGUGUGAAAGUUAAAAAUAAUGGUGAAAUGUUGAUUACUAAUAAUGUU